CUAAACCCAAGUUUUGAGGGUUCAAAAAAAGUGCUUCGAGAAAAGCUAGUGCCAUUGUGCACUUGGCUCGUCUUAGCGGGGGCAUGGUAGUGCCCCCAGAUUCAUCAAUUUAGGCAUAUUAUAAUGCACUUAUGAAUGCCAAAAACUACUACUGAGAGUUCUAAAGAGAGAGAGAGAGAGAGAGAGACCGAGAGUCAAGGGCGUCGCCAGCUGAUGCCAUGCCGCUGGCCAAGAGGCGGGAUUCAGUUAUAAAUUUUAUUCUGUAGAGGGGGCAGCUGGCCCCUCACCCCGUGACCCCCUUGGCGACGCCCUUGCCGAGAAUAGAAAGUUCUAGGUAAAUCUGGUACAAUAUCAUUCUUCUUGUUUGAAAUAGGGCAAUCGCAGAUGAUCUGACCGUACCUACAUCUAAUUUUGCCUUCCUAACUAAUUGUAAAGUAUAAACCAAAUGAUCACACUACCUUGUAUUGGUUAUUUCAGCUGUCAACUCGUUAUCCAAAGUUUGAAGAUAUCUUCGAAGCUUUUGAUGAUUCAGUAGUGUGCCCUCAAAGAGAAGAAUUCAACAAAACCCUCGUCGGAAGUCUCGACUGCCUUACCCUUAACAUUUACGUACCCAUAGUUGACUCCUCCAGCAAUCCGCUUCCAGUAUUAAUCUUCAUUUUCGGCGGAGCACUACAAUUUGGUUUGGGUGGGAGAUUCAUUUUUGGUCCCAAGUUUUUAGUCAAGCAUGAUAUUAUUCUAGUAACGCUUAACUAUCGUUUGGGUCCUUAUGGAUUUAUGUGUCUCAAUAACCCAAAAGUCCCUGGUAAUCAGGGAAUAAAAGAUCAACGAUUAGCUUUAAGAUGGAUCAAAGACAAUAUAGAAGACUUUGGAGGUGACGCUAAGAAAAUAACUUUAUCUGGUCAAAGCGCCGGUUCCAUGUCAGUAGAUCUGCACAUCCACUCGCUUGAGGAGAAUUUGUUUCAACAAGCUAUUUUAGAAAGCGGAACAGUUUUGACACCAUUUUUGUUUAGAAAUCCCGGAGAAGAAGGACUAUUGAUAUUGUCAAGAUACUUAGGUUUGGAUACAAAUGAUGUAAAUAAAGCCUUAUCAUUUCUUGCCACGGUUGGUACCAAUGAUGUUAUUGUUGCUUCAGAGAAAAAUAAUUUAACAUUUAAGGUGUGUGUAGAAAGAAGUUUUGAGAACGUCGAACCGAUUGUAACUGAUUACCCUGUAAAUUUACUAGCCCCGAGAGUUAAAAAUAUCUCUAUUUUAACCGGAUUUAACGAGGAAGAAGAACUCCGGAGUUAUGGCAAUGUUGAUGCCAGCUAUUUAAAGAAUAAUGAUUUGUUUAAGAAAUACAUUAAGGGAUUUUUUGAUUUCGACAACUGCACAUACGACGCAAUGAGAACAGUUUUGAGACACUUUUACUUUGGAGACUGUAAAGUAGAUGUAGAGACAAGACAGCAGAUUAUAAACUUAGCUUCAGAUUUACAAGGUAAUUAUCCUGUCCUAAGAAGCUUAAGAAAAUACUUUACUAGUGGUGCAAAUGUAAUAUUUUCUUAUGUCUUUGCUUACGUUGGAGACAGAAAUUAUGCGAAAUACAAACUAAAUAUUACCAUCGGGGGGGCCACUCACGCAGAUGAGAUUGGCUACUUGUUUGACGUGGCAUUCCUGCAACCGUUCAUGUCUGAGGAAGAUCGUCGCGUAAUCGAUGUAAUGACUACUCUGUGGACAAAUUAUGUAAAGUAUGGAAAUCCAACUCCCGAAACAACAGACCUUCUGCCUGUGAAAUGGCACCCUGUCACCGCAGAGCGCUGGAACUAUCUGCUUAUAGACUCCGAUCUCGCUAUGGCCCGCAGACCCUAUUAUCAGAGAAUGACUUUUUUGGACGUGUUCUUUAAGACAAAUGAGAAAUAUCAAAUUGGUUAUCAUGACAAAAAUGAUAAUAAUGUGUGUUUGAUCAAUAAACUGUAACAAAAAUAAUUUUUGUUAGUAGUUAGUAAAUAGGUUUUGUUAUGUU